AACUAAAUUAAUCACGUUGAAGCAAAUAGCAAGCAGCAGUAGAAAUAAUAAAAUAGAGAGAGAAAAAUAAAUUAAUGUAAAGUGUGUAUUACAACGUUGUAAAUCUAUGUGACAACUGCCUCGAAAAAAAUAAAUAAUAAAAUAUUGCCGUAGAAUAAAAAAAAAAGUUUUUAAAGGAAAAAAAAAUCUAAUUGUGUGUUCUUAGGAGUGAUGGGUGUCUUUAAAGUUAAUUAUUUUAUUAGCCGAAAUGUGGAAUUAAAUGCAAUGUUAGUGUGUAAAAGUGUAUAUUUCUUAUUCACAAUAUUAGUAUUCAGAACUAGUUGUGUGAAUGGAAGUAAUCAGCUUCAUAUAGGUGGUAUUUUUCCAAUAGCCGGAAAAGGUGGCUGGCAGGGCGGGCAAGCCUGUAUGCCAGCUGCAUACCUAGCUCUAGAAGAUGUCAAUAAGAGAAAAGAUUUACUGCCAGGUUUUGAGCUCACACUACAUAACAAUGAUUCCGAGUGUGAGCCGGGUCUUGGUGCUAGUGUUAUGUAUGACCUUUUAUAUCAUAAGCCCCAAAAGUUAAUGUUAUUAGCGGGCUGCAGUACUGUGUGUACAACAGUAGCGGAAGCUGCUAAAAUGUGGAAUUUAGUAGUAUUAUGUUAUGGUGCUUCAAGUCCUGCCUUAUCAGAUCGUAGUCGAUUUCCAACAUUAUUUCGAACACAUCCAUCUGCCACUGUUCACAAUCCAACUAGAAUUAAAUUAAUGCAAAAAUUCGGCUGGUCGAAAAUUGCAAUAUUGCAGCAAGCCGAAGAAGUUUUUAUAUCAACCGUAGAAGAUUUAGAGAAUCGUUGUAAGGAAGCGGGAAUAGAGAUAGUUACACGACAAUCAUUUUUAUCAGAUCCAACUGAUGCUGUACGAAAUUUAAGGCGUCAAGAUGCGAGAAUUAUUGUUGGCCUUUUUUACGUAGUUGCCGCUCGUCGAGUGCUAUGUGAGAUGUACAAGCAACAGCUUUAUGGACGCUCAUAUGUAUCGUUCUUUAUCGGAUGGUACGAGGACAAUUGGUUCGAACAGAACCUUCAAAGUGAAAACAUUUCAUGUACGCGAGACGAAAUGAGACGAGCGGCUGAAGGACAUCUCACAACCGAGGCAAUUAUGUGGAAUCAGAAUAAUGAAAAGACAGUUUCCGGAAUGUCAUCAGAGGAUUUUAGAAUACGACUCAAUAAAGUUUUAUCGAAAACAUAUGAUAUAGAAAAUCAGAGAUAUCCCGAGGGUUAUCAGGAGGCGCCGCUAGCAUAUGAUGCCGUAUGGAGUGUCGCAUUUGCAUUUAAUAAAACAAUGGAGCGUUUAAAGACGAAAAAGAAAUCGCUAAAGGAUUUCACAUAUACGGAUAAGGAUAUUGCCGAUGAAAUUUAUGCGGCAAUGAAUUCGACGCAGUUCCUGGGCGUAUCGGGAUGGGUGGCGUUCAGCUCACAGGGAGAUCGUAUAGCAUUAACGCAGAUUGAGCAAAUGGUUAAUGGCACAUAUUAUAAAUUAGGAUAUUACGACACCCUGGCCGAUAAUUUAACAUGGUUCAAUAAAGAGCAGUGGAUUGGUGGAAAGGUUCCACAAGAUCGUACGAUUGUCCGUCGUGUACUUCGAACUGUAUCAUUACCAUUAUUCAUCUGUAUGAGUAUCGUAUCAACAUUAGGUAUAAUUGUUGGAACAGCCUUAAUUGUGUUCAAUUUAUGGAAUCGCCAUCGAAGAGUGAUUCAGCAAUCACAUCCAGUGUGCAAUACAAUAAUGUUAUUCGGUGUGAUAACAUGUUUAGUAUCAGUCAUACUAUUAGGCAUUGAUGGUCAAUUUGUGGAUCCAUUAACAUAUCCAAAGAUUUGUCAAGCACGAGCGUGGAUUUUAUCAAUGGGAUUUACGUUAGCAUUCGGUGCGAUGUUUAGUAAAGUGUGGCGUGUUCAUAGAUUCACAACGAAAGCAAAAACAGAUCCGAAGAAGAAAGUGGAACCGUGGAAACUUUAUACGAUGGUAUCUGGAUUAUUAGUAGUUGAUAUUGUGAUACUAUUAACAUGGCAACUUCAGGAUCCGCUUGAGAGGCGACUCGAAAGUUUUCCUCUUGAGGAUCCAUUGUCAUCAAAUGAUGAUAUUAAAAUUCGACCGGAACUUGAGCAUUGUGAAAGCAUCAACAAUUCCGUGUGGUUAGGUGUUAUCUAUGGCUUUAAAGGUCUUAUACUCGUUUUCGGAUUAUUUCUCGCAUACGAGACGAGAUCAAUAAAAGUCAAGCAGAUAAAUGAUUCACGUUAUGUUGGCAUGAGCAUCUACAACAUAGCUGUACUAUGUUUAAUCACAGCACCUGUAGCAAUGGUUAUUGCAUCACAACAGGACGCAUCAUAUGCUUUUGUAGCACUUGCCGUUAUCUUUUGUUGUUUUCUCAGUAUGUUGCUGAUUUUUGUGCCAAAAGUAAUAGAAGUUCUUAGACAUCCACAUGAUAAAGCUGAAUCACGAUUAAAUAAUGAUACGGGGAUAUCAAAAGAGGACGAGGAACGAUAUAAAAAAUUAGUACUGGAAAACGAGGAACUUCAAAAAUUGAUUGCUCAAAAAGAGGAAAAAAUUCGAAUAUUAAAGCAGCGCUUAGCGGAGCGUGAUCAGCAGAAAGGCGAUACACAAUCAAGUUCUCAAUUGCAAUUGUCACAGCAAAUAACGAUGAUUAAUAAUGGAACGUCAUUAAAUCAAGAUCGCGAAGUAUUCUAAGUCAAUUUUUUCACACACGGUGAUAUAAAAGAGAAAAAAACAUGAAAUUAACAUAAAAAAGUUAAAUAAUAAAAAAUAAACAUUUCUUUAGUUAGAAAAUUCUUUUGUUUGUUUCAAUAAUGAAUAAGAAAAAACUUUAGGAGAAAAAAAAUGUUCAAAAAUAAAUGUUGAAAAGACUAUGAAGAAAAUUUUAUGAUUGAUUCUUAUCUGAAAUAUUGUUUAUUGAGGAAUUUUAGGUUGUUUAAGGAGGACUAGAAGGAAAUCUGUUUCUAAAUGUAUAGGAUGCUUUUUGUGGGUUUCGGUUUUCAGAUCAGGAACUUUAAAAUUUAAAUAAAUGUUUUAAGAAAUUUUUGUUUUCGAGAGACAUUAAAAUGUGGUGAAUUGGAGAAUUUUUAUUCAGAUUAAUUAAACAAAUCUUGGAAAUCCUAAUGCUUAAUAGCUAAUAGUAAGGGACUCGAUUACGAAACUUG